AUGAAUGCCCACAAGUACCUCCAGGAGCUAUGGAGAAGGAAGGAGUCCACUGUGAAGUGCUUUCCUCUGCAGGUCCACUUUUGGCAGUGCCACCAGCUCCUCAUGCUGCACUGGGUGCUCCACUCGGCCCAGGCCAACAAGGCAUGCAGACUGGGCUGCAAGGCUAAGCAACAUUAUGUCAUCGAUCGUAUUCACCUGCGUCAUGGUGGCCAAAAAUGCCCGGGGCCCAAGAGUGCCACCUAUGGCAAACCUGUCCACCAUGCUCUUAUCCAGCUAAAGUUUUCUCGGAGUCUUCAGUGUGUUGCUGAAGAGCGAGCUGAAUGCCAUUCUGGGGCCCUAAGAGUCCUGAAUUCUUACUGGGUUGGUGAAGAUUCCAUGCACAAAUUUUUCGAAGUUAACUUCAUUGAUCCAUGCCAUAAAGCUAUCAGAAGAAACCCUGACACCCAGUGGAUCACUAAGCCACUCCACAAGCACAAAGCGAUAUAG